AUGUUCGUGCGGGACAAAUCCCCGGCCUCGCCUUUAUGCGGCGCAACAAAGCCCUUUGACUGGAGGAAGAGCAUUACCGCCGUAAAGACUUCUAUUCUUGAUGCGCGCGCUCUCGCCGUGCAGCUCCGACCGUUUUCUGGUAUAAAAGACUUUCGGCACAAAGUCCCAUCCGUUGCGACAAGGUCUUCUUUGAUGGGAAAGGGUCUUUCUCGAAGCGACGAGGUCCUCCUCAUUACAACAGGGUCCUCAUCAAUGCCACAAGGCUCAUCGCACUGCCACGACGUCCACCUCACUGCAACAAGGUCAUCCUCACUGCCACUAGGUUCUCCUCAGUGUCACAAGGUCCACUUCACUGCCACAGGGUUCCACCUCUGCCACAGGGCUCACUCUCUGCCACACACUGCCCAAGGUCCACCUCUGCCACAGGGUCAUCCUCACUGCCCCAAGGUCCACCUCUGCCACAGGGUCAUCCUCACUGCCCCAAGGUCCACCUCGCCCCAGGGUCAUCCUCUCUGCCCCAAGGUCCACCUCGCCCAGGGUCAUCCUCGCUGCCCCAAGGUCGCCCCACCUCUGGGUCCACCUCGCCCAGGGUCAGCCCCAAAAGGGUCAGCCCCGUCCACCUCGCCCCAGGGUCAUCCUCUCUGCCCCAAGGUCCACCUCGCCCAGGUCAUCCUCGCUGCCCAAGGUCCACCUCGCCCAGGUGCCCCACCUCGCCCCAGGGUCAUCCUCGCUGCCCCAAGGUCCACCUCGCCCAGGUCAUCCUGGUCCACCUCGCCCCAGGGUCAUCCUCUCUGCCCCAAGGUCCACCUCGCCCCAGGGUCAUCCUCGCUGCCCAAGGUCCACCUCCCCAGGGUCAUCCUCUCUGCCCCAAGGUCCACCUCGCCCCAGGUCAUCCUCGCUGCCCCAAGUCCACCUCGCCCCAGGGUCACCUCUGCCCCAAGGUCCACCUCGCCCCAGGGUCAUCCUCUCUGCCCCAAGGUCCACCUCGCCCCAGGGUCAUCCUCGCUGCCCCAAGUCACCUCGCCCCAGGUCAUCCCCCACCUCGCCCGUCAUCCUCUCUGCCCCAAGGUCCACCUCGCCCCAGGGUCAUCCUCUCUGCCCCAAGGUCCACCUCCCAGGGUCAUCCUCCCAAGGUCUCCCUCCACCUCGCCCCAGGGUCAUCCUCUCUGCCCCAAGGUCCACCUCGCCCCAGGGUCAUCCUCGCUGCCCCAAGGUCCACCUCGCCCCAGGGUCAUCCUCUCUGCCCCAAGGUCCACCUCGCCCCAGGGUCCUUCUUCACCGCCGCAGGUCGCUUCCUCAUGCCUAAGCAAACCGCACCGCUUCGGCCUCCGCCUCCGGCCCUGGCACCGCUGCCUCCCCGCCGACCACGCUGACUUGGAGCGCGUGUGGGACUUCGGCGUGAUCCCCUACGUGAUCGACUCCAACUUCACGGGCGCGGACAAGGGCCUGUUCAAGCAGGCGAUGCGCCACUGGGAGAACUUCACCUGCAUCCGCUUCGUGGAGAAGACGGAGGACCACCCCAACUACAUCAUCUUCACCGAGCGGGAGUGCGGCCCACUGACGCCCUUCCGCUCGUUCCCGCAGGCCACCUACCUGGACACCAUCCGGCCGCGCCCCGAGCCCGGCCAGGAGAGCCUUCCGGAGAUCGGCCAGAGGAUUCGGCUGAGCGAGGGCGACAUCGCGCAGACGAACCUGCUGUACAAGUGCUCCAAGUGCGGCCGGACCUACCAGGAGAACGCGGCUACCUUCUCCUCGCCGUCCUACGUGAACUCAGCGCCGCCGCCCGGAGGAGAGAAGUGCGAGUGGCGGAUCACGGCCACCCACGGCGAGCGGAUUGUGCUCAACGUCACCCACAUGGACAUCUUCAAGAGCGACGGCUGCAAGACGGAUUUCCUCGAGAUUCGCGACGGGUAUUGGCACAAGAGUCCUCUGCUGGGUCGCUUCUGUGGCGGGCUGAGGUUCCCCGAGACGAUCGUGUCGACGGGAAGCCGCAUGCUGGUGUCCUAUGUCACUUCUGUCAAUCAAAACGGCCAUAAGGGUUUCACGUCCUCGUAUGAAGCUGUUUGUGGAGGAGAGCUCUCGAUGGAACAGGGACACCUAGAGAGCCCUAAUUAUCCAGAUGAUUACCGUUCCAACAAGGAAUGCAUUUGGAAGAUUACUGUCCCCAUUGGCUAUCAGGUGGCAUUGCGGUUCCAUUCCUUUGAGAUUGAGAAUCAUGAUGACUGUGUAUAUGAUUAUUUGGACAUACGAGAUGGCCAUGAGGAAAAUUCAACACUGAUCGGUGUAUUUUGUGGAUACAAGAAACCAGAGGAUAUCAAGUCCUCUACUAAUAAAAUGAGAAUAAAAUUUGUGACCGAUGGGUCUGUUCAGAAAGCAGGGUUUUCUGCAACCUUUAUGAAAGAGUAUGAUGAGUGUGCAAGUUUGGACCAUGGCUGUGAACACAUUUGUAUAAAUCAGCUUGGAGGGUAUGAAUGUCAGUGUAAAAUUGGGUAUGAACUUCACUCGGAUGGAAAGAGGUGUGAAGAUGCAUGUGGAGGCCAGAUAGACCAAGCCAAUGGGACCAUAACGAGUCCCUCUUUCCCAGACUUGUAUCCAGUAAACAAGAACUGCAUUUGGGAAAUUAUUGCACCUCCACAGUACAGAAUCACCCUGAAUUUCACACACUUUGACCUAGAGGGAAAUAACCAAGACUGUGAGUAUGACAGUGUUGACAUACGCAGCAAGUUAGGAACCUCUGAAAUGAGAAAACAUGGAGUCUUCUGUGGACAGCGAUUACCUUUAGUCAUAACAUCUGAAGGUAACAGUCUACGAAUAGAAUUCAACUCUGAUAAUUCUGUUCAGAAAAGUGGAUUUGCAGCUGUCUUCUUUACUGACAAGGAUGAGUGUGCAACAGACAAUGGUGGUUGCCAGCACAUCUGCAAAAAUACCAUCGGCUCAUACGUUUGUUCAUGCCUCAAUGGCUUCACUCUGCAUGAGAAUAGACAUGACUGUAAGGAGGGAGGGUGCAAGCAUGAAAUAACGGCCCCUGUUGGGGAGAUCUUUAGUCCAAAUUACCCUGACUACUACCCAAGCCGGAAGGACUGUGUGUGGCAGUUCACAACCACUCCGGGACAUAGAAUAAAAUUGGUAUUUGAUGAAUUUGAGAUGGAGCCCCACCAGGAGUGUACCUAUGACCACAUUGCUCUCUAUGAUGGGACUACCUCAGAGACUGGAUUCCUUGGUCGUUAUUGUGGUGCAAAAGUGCCACAUCCAAUAGUGGCUUUUAAUAAUCAAAUGUUCAUGGUGUUCAAGUCUGAUUCAUCUGUUCAGCGCAGAGGUUUCCGAGCAAGACACACUACAGUUUGUGGUGGUGGCCUUAAAGCUACAAGCACUGUCAAGCACAUGUAUUCUCAUGCGAAGUAUGGAGACCAGAAUUAUGAUAACAAGGAGGACUGUGACUGGAUCAUACAGGCAGCACAAGGUGAAAGUGUUCAUCUCACUUUCCUCACCUUUGAACUUGAAGAUGAGCAUGACUGUGGAUAUGACUAUGUAGAAGUGUUCUCGGGGUACAGUGACUCUGGACCCUCAUAUGGGAAAUUCUGUGGCAAUACGAUUCCCCAAGAGAUUGUGUCUAUCAAUGAUGCCCUCUUGGUUAGAUUCCGAACAGAUGACACAAUCAACACUAAAGGAUUCUCGGCUGCUUAUGUAGCCAUUGGUGAUAACACUUUGGCAGAAAACAGUACUGGUGAUAACAAUGGUUUUAGCUAUAGCUUCUCCAGAGGCUAUUAGCAAGUGCAAAACAGAGAGAAGAAGAAAAACCUAAAAAGAAAAAAAGGAGUCCAUUUUCAUAUGAUCACUUAUUCCGAGCCUUUGCUCUUUUGUCAUUGAACCCCUGGGGUUUAGAUUUGACAUUGUAAAUAAGCAGCAGUUUCCCCUGGGUUAAAUUAGUCUCAAUUUGUAGACAAGAAACAAGACUAAAACAUUUGAAAAAAAGACUAAACUGAUAGAAAGAGAUAUUUCAUUACCAGUCAAUUUAAUCUCAUCUGUGAAAUAUCAUUUUUUUUCUUUCAUUUUCUUUAAUUUUAUUGAUUUUUUGUACAACAAACCUUAACAUCUGCCAAAUAUUAUCAUCUCUCAGUUAAAUGUUAAUAGACUGUAGAUAAACAAUGGUAGUGUUUAUUACUGUGUAUAUUUUUAUGUUCUUGAUAAUGCCAAUAUAUGGCUGUGUAAAAUUUGUAGUCAACUUUUAUGUUGUAAGUUAGGGGGGGCAAGUACUUUACAAUGCAAGUACUUAUAUAGUUGCUUCAUGUCACACACUUUGGGAUGAACUCUUUUAAUUGUAGAUGGGAAACUCUUAGGUAGCAGACAUGUGUCAUAAGUUAAAAAGAGAGAAUUUAC